AUUUACUCCAUCCAGCCCAACAAAGUCACACUAACGUGAUGGUGUGAUCAGUCGAAGUGAAGUUUUCGAUACGUGUCACAUCACAUACUUUUUAUUUUCAAAAUGGCCCUUGAAAGAAGGUUCUUAAAUGUUAUUUUACUAGGAUUUGGGUUUAUGUUUGUGUUUACAGCAUUUCAAACAAUGGGAAACAUUGAGAAAACAAUAUUAGAUAGUAUACGUCAAGAUGACAGUAGUUUUGAAGGCGAUGGUUAUACCAGUUUGGCUGUCAUAUACGCUGUGUUUGCUCUAUGCAAUUGGCUUGCUCCUUCCAUUAUUAGUGUUAGUGGACCUAGGAUAGCUAUGAUUAUAGGAGCUAUCACAUACUGCUUGUUCAUUGCAUCAUAAAAAAAAACUAAAACAUGGCUGCUCUAUUUGGCAUCAUGUGUGAUUGGAUUCGGCGCAGCCAUUAUUUGGACAGGUCAAGGCAACUACCUCACGCUUAAUUCAGAUUCAAUGACAAUAUCCAGAAAUUCUGGUAUUUUCUGGGCCAUGCUGCAGGCAAGCAUGUUUUUUGGGAACCUUUUUGUAUACUUCCAAUUCCAAGGCAAGGCGCACAUAGACGCAGACACACGACAGAACGUUUUCAUAGUGCUACUAGUCAUAGCAGCCAUUGGCAUUGUAUUCCUGUCACUUUUACGACCUGCUCAGAGCGCAGAUGGAGAGAUGUUACGAAAGGAUGAAGGUGGCCCAAUGAAUGCACUGAAGAGGGCAUUUGCCCUACUAAUAACCAAGGAGAUGAUACUGCUCAGUAUAACAUUCUUCUAUACAGGCAUUGAACUCUCUUUCUUCAGUGGCGUGUACAGUCCCAGUAUUGGUUUCACCAAAAAGAUGGGCUCCAAUGUAAAACAGCUAGUUGGCUUGUCGGGAAUAUUUAUUGGCGCAGGAGAAAUUUUAGGUGGCGCUAUCUUUGGAAUUCUGGGAUCAAAGACAAUACGAUGGGGUCGUGAUCCGAUUGUGAUAUUUGGAUUCCUUAUUCACGUGGUUUCCUUUUUUCUUAUUUUCCUAAAUCUGCCCAAUACUGCUCCUUUUGGAGACACUGACGAAGCUGCUUUCAUACACAGCAAUGCGUACAUUGCCAUCCUGUGCAGCUUGUUGCUUGGGUUUGGUGACAGUUGUUACAACACACAGAUCUACUCUAUACUAGGAGGAGUUUUCCCCGAAGACAGUGCGCCCGCUUUUGCUCUCUUCAAAUUCACCCAGUCUGUAGCUGCCGCCGCCAGUUUCUUCUAUAGCAGCCAUAUUGCUCUACACGCACAACUCGGAAUUCUGGUACUCCUGGCCACGAUCGGAACCAUCUCAUUCUGCUUUGUGGAAUGGGCGGCACGAUCCAAAAAAGCAAAGGGUUACAAUGGAGCGAUUGAUGACCCAGAUCUUAUGGGUGGAACUGCUACUUCCAAGCACGAAUAAAGACUGAUCUUUGUACAGUGUCUAAACCUUUUCAGUUGAAUACACGGAGAGAUGUAAAGUAAACAUUUCAAUUGGAAAGUGGUAAUUUACAUGUCAAUUUUUGCCAGCUAAAGCUUAUCAUAAUUUUAUGCAACCUGCAAUUUGUCCUUCGUGUGUGCGCGUACGUGGUUCUCCCACCGUGAAUGGUGAAUAUAUGUAAAUUUGAUUGUGUGAGAAUGGAAAGUUCACGUAUUUCAUUACACCACAAUGUCUGUAAAAGGUAAAUGCAAUAAUUAAUUAACUUAGCGAAGUGUCAUUACUUUUGGCAGUAAAUAAAAUUAACUUGUAAUUAAGUCUAUAAAAUACAUGUUUGACAAUA